AUGGAUGAUUACUCAGCAGAAGAGCGAAAUUUCCUUAUUUUGAUCCAAGCUUUGAAAUAUUCCACUGUUGGUCUUAAAACUCAUGUUGACCACUGUAUGGACAAUGCAUACAAACGUUUGAAGAGAAAGCUAAGCUCAACAACUGUCUGUACUCAGUCGUGUAGCAAACAUUUUACCGACAGGAAACAGUGGUGCAGGACUUGUGUUCAGUGGAAAGAUGAAAUAGAAAAAUUGAUGCGGUUCCCCUCACAUAGAAACAGAGUGAAAUGGCAGGACAUUGACGUAUCUUUACUGUCGGGGAAUGACCCUGCGAAGGCGAGGGUAGAACUGUGUCGUAUAUAUGUCCGUGACGCGGGAACUUUCAAAUAUGACAUUCAGACAAUGCUUUCUAUAUUACAGAACUGUAGAUAUUUUUUGGUGGGAGAUAACAUAAGACUUCUUGAGUCUGUUCGUAAAGUGAGAAAUAUUGACUUUGCUCACACAGAGGACUUUGUAAUAUCUAAAAGAAGACUGAAAAAAUCGAUCCGUACUUUAAUACAUUUCUUUCAACACCCUUCUCACAAAACUUAUGAAUGGGCUUUAAUAACUGUGAAUAAGUUAAAAGCAUUAGAGGCAAAUGAAAACCAAAGUUUGGUGGACAUUGAAGCAUGUCGCGUUUUUGAAAGUAUAACAGACAUUUGUAUUGCAGACGUCGAUGAGUUUUUAUCCAUUCCUGAACCUGAAACUAGGAUAAGAAGUUUUCCAAAACGAAACUUAUUGCUGAUCGGACUCUCUCUGACUAUACUGGCCUUGUUGAUUACUUUUCGUCUAUAUAUGAUAACAGUGCUGAUUUCUUCGUAUUUAGAUGAAGCAAAAUGCAAAAAUGCGACUUACGAAUAUCCAUUUACAUUGGAGAUUGACAUGGACUUCUACAGAUCACAACAUAAAAAGCUGAUAGGUCGUGAAUGGCUUUUGAAUGAAUUAGAUGAAACGAUGCACUUCUCAAGAAGAGGCGUGCUAUUCAUUGCAGAAAUGGGCUACGGAAAAUCCGCCCUAGUUUCCCAUCUGAUCUGCCAGAGCGAUAAACGCCUACCCGGAAAUUGGAUUUAUGAGCGUAUUGUUGUGUACCAUUUGUGCAACUUUGAUUCUCGAAAGACUCUUUCUCCUGGCAAUUUCGUGAAAAACUUGGCAGGGGGUUUUGCAAAACGAGUUCCAGGAUUUUUUAAAGUUUUAAAACAGAGUUCCAAUUUUCAUAAGUACUUUGAGCAAGACUUAUGUACUGACGACCCAGAGGGUUGUCUCGACUUUUUAAUUCUAAAAACUUUAAAUGCUAUUGGUGAUUUAGAUAAGGAUGAAAACCAAUACAUUGUCGUCAUUGACGGUUUAGAUGAGUGUUUCGACUAUGGCAACCGUAAUAUUUUUUAUAUACUAUGGAGACGCCUUCAGAAGUUUCCUGUAAGCUUUAAAUUUCUUAUUACGUCCAGGAAUAUAUCUCAAAUACAAAUAGCAAAAACUCAGUUGAACGUUUUCGAAAAGAGUUCAUUAGAUCCCAAGAACUCCAAAGAUGCUGAAAAAUAUAUAAACGAGCAACUUAAAGGAUGGUCUUUAAGCAACCAAAAUCACUUUACAGAUGUAUUUAAAGCUUCAAAUCUGCAGAAUUCCAUAAGAAGAGCUGUACAAUAUACAAAAGGAAACAUGCUGUUACUAAGUAAAGCUCUUCCCACUUGGUUAGAAGAAAACAUUUCUUUACAAGGUAGCUUUACAACGUUUGAAAUAUUAUUCAACGAUCAACUCAAUAGGAUAUUUCAAGACAGAAGAAUGUUUAGGACUGUUAGAAAAAUCUUUCAAGUCUUAUGUUGCGCAGUUGAGCCCAUGUCUGAAGACGAGUUAUUAAAAGUUGCAGGCAUCGGCCAAGAAGAAACUGUUGAGGUAAUGAGGAUACUCGGAAAGGAACUAAGUCAUUUCAUACGCCAGUAUGAAGGGAAAAUAUCUUUCGUACAUAAAAGUUUGGCGUUAUAUUUAACAGAUACCAAAAGGAGAACGGAGGACUUUUAUAUAUUAAAAAAAGAUGGAUGCACUUUGUUUGCAAAAUACUAUCUAAAUAUACUUGAUAGACAAAAAUCUUUUUCCAAAGUAAGCAUUUUAUACUUGGUGGAAUAUGUCUCUUGCUCUGAAGAUCAAAAUAUGAAGUUAAAGUUCUUAGAGCAAGGCAAGAAGUAUGUCAAGAAAUUUGCUCGUCAUAAACACAUUCUCCACGAGGCUGCUGUCAAAUUUAACUCGUAUUCUGUGAUGACCCUCCUUUUGGAUUUAAUUGCAUCUCGAAAUGUGGAUGAAAUAGAUAGUGGUAAUGUGACAGCAUCGUAUGUUGCUGCUGCUUAUGGGAAUCACCAAACUUUAAAAGCACUUCUUGAACGCAACGCAAAUGUGAAUUUUGUCCGAUUGGGCCCAAGAUUCAUAAAUGAGUCUGUCGACAUGUUGGAAUUUUGUAAAACUUUAGCAUUUUGGGAAUAUAGUCUUCUAAAUAUUGCCUCACAAAAUGGACAUCUCAAGACAGUCCAAACUCUUCUGACAUCUGGUGCAGAUCUUAUGCAUCAAACAGCUUUUGGUUCAAAUUCCUUUCAUUUGGCAGUUGAAAAUGGUCAUAUACAUGUCGUCCGAGAAUUUUUAUUGAGAUAUAAAUCAAAAUUUUCUGCCAGUCUUAACCAUUCACUAUAUCUAGCUGCCGCAAAUGGGCAUUCGGACAUUGUUGAUUUACUUUUAUAUCACGGUGCUAUAGACUCAUGUCUUCCUUGUAACUCCUCACAGUACUGGACAUUAUAUCACCAAACUCGACUCCAAGUCAUUGAUAAUAUAGACGAUCUACGCACUGUUAACUACAUCUUUAAAGAUGAUCGACGAUUAGUUCGAUGUGAGACAGCUUUAGAGAUUGCUGUCCAAAAUGGAUAUAAAGAAAUUGUGCAACGUUUGAUUAACCAGCCUUUCAAUACUUUCAACUGCCGAGAAGCUGGUGGUAGGACACCUACCUUUACGGCAAUCAAGUUUCAUAGACCCGAUUUAUUUGAGCUCGUUUAUUCAAAAGGCAUAUCUAAGUCUUCAAGAUGUUUAUAUCGAAGGAAUAGAAUAGAAAAACUCGACCUUCACAAAAGUGAAAGAAAACAAUACAUAGAUAAUCUGUGUCCAUACAACAUAACACCAUCACAUUUUUUGGCAUACCACUGGAAUAAGGAGAUAUUUAAUAUUGGACUACUCCAUAGCUUGUGGAAUUGGACUGAUAGAGAUAGCAGGGGUGCUACACCACUACAUUAUGCUUGUUGUAAAGGAAAUAUCGAAAUGAUAGAUUCAUUGAAAAAUCUUGGAGCUGCAUUCGAUAUGAUUGCAUUUAAUGGUUCCACUCCUCUACACUCGGCCGCCAUUUGUAACCAGUAUGAUGUUCUUAAUUAUUUAUUUUCCCUGUAUCCAAAGCCCCCUCCUGACAAUGAAAAUAAAUACGUUUGCCACUACUUAGCCAGUGGAGGAAAACACUACAAUGAGUCAACCAAACUUGUCAUAACGAUAUCUAAUAUAUACCAUUUGAGUACCCUUAGAAAUCUUCUACAAGACGAAGGACUGUUUAAAGACGUUUUCAAUCGGAUCCCAUUGCAUUAUGCAUGCGCAAAUGGAAAUGUAAAUUUUGUGAGUCUUUACAUCAAACUUAAACUUCCUACAAACUUUUGGAGUAAGGUUUUUGAUAUACUGGACGUCAAUGGUGACAAUAUAAUAGAGAUGGCCUUUAAACACACACCAAUACUUUACCAGGAAAAUAUCAAAACUGUUGAAAAUUGCAAUAUCUAUCUUCUUACAGAUGAUUCUAAUUGUGAAGAUUACCGUCUUGAAAUAUUUAUCCCUCAUGAAUAUAUGAUCUAUGUUAUAUUGAAAAACAUGCCAAAAUCUCGACAGUUAGUAAAACGUUCUAUAGGGAAAUAUGUAAAUUAUAGCUUACAGAAGAAUAAUGCUAAUUUAUUAGGUAUUCUCUACUUUAACUUCCCAUUCGAAUUCAGCGAAUAUACUUACAGAGAAGGUAUAGAAUCUAUGAAGCAUCUUCUGACUCACCACCAUAUAAAUCCGAUGAUUUUCGCUUUUCUAAAACAAAUGAGAUAUCGGUGCUCACAAAAUUCAGUUUUGCACGAAAUUGUUCAAGAUGAAAACAGAAUAUUCUGGAUAACAUAUUUCUUUAACUUUACACAGAUGUUUCAAAUUGUUCCCGAUUCUCUAGAUUUGUGCUUCGAUGAAAAAGGAUAUAACUUACUCCACAGGUCUAUCAUGGGAGGGAAUUUUGUGGCAUUUACCAUUCUCAGAAACCUAGGAAUGUCACUAACAACUGAGACACGUGACGGAAAAAACAGUUUGGAAGUCUUAGUAGAAAAUUCCCCAUGUUUCAAAGAAGAGUUCAAAAGAAGGGAACUAGUCAUUACUAUUUAUGAUUCUGGUAAUUCUAAAAAAGAACGUUUAGUAAAUAAUUUGAAUUUAUAUGUAUAUGAUUUUAUAGCUUUAUCUAUUACAAGGGAAACAGACAUAUUGAUGAAUAUGAAACCUUAUGAUGUGUGUUCACAUAGAAAUGAAAUAAGUUUUGUACAUGUCGUGGCAGCAAAAGCUUUGUACCCAAUCUUAAAAGAAGUUGAGAGGCUCUUUGGUUCCAGUAUAGCUUUAUGUGUAAACAGUCAUGGAUUUCAAUCAACUGAAUUCAUGCUUUUUUACAAUCACCUCCCAUGGCGAUCAAUCACACCGUUGAAAAACAAGACUAAUUUUAUGACACUUUUUCUGAAGACUUUAUUGGACUUCAGACCGUUUUUCUCUCCCAAAGAUUCCAUUGAAAGAAAGUGCCGAUACAGAAUAAGGAAUAAUAGAAAUUUUCAUGGCAUUUUAUCUUGUGCAACACAGAUGGAGACUGAAUUCUUAUUGUUCUUUCGGCAACUUGUAAAAAAAGAGGGACGUAAAUCAGUGAAUGAUUUACAAAACGCGAUGGAUGGAUCUUAUGUUCAUGAUAAAAAGAAACAUAAGGAAUUUUUUUCAGCAAAUUUUGGUCGAAAUUUAAAAGCAGCUCUUUCUAUGGAAAAAAAUCCCCGCGAAUUUCAAGGAAGGUAUUUCUGUCCUAUUAGAGGUUUAAAUAGAUCCUUAACAGCAUUCAGUUGUCUAAAUGUAAGUAAGGUAUUUGAUCGUGACACAAGUCUUAAAUGUCUCUGCAUGAUUUCUUUCGCUGGGAAAACGAAAAAAAAUUAUAAGUCAAUAUAUGAGAUCGCACGGAUGUCAAGGAUGUUUUCGAUUUUUCAUUUGUAUGAGAAAGAUUUGAAUUUUCCUUAUUCAAAAUACCGUGAUUCCUUGAUUAGUCCAUACUUUGAUACGGUUGUAAUGUAUUCUAUGCAUCAUCCGGAGUACCACAUGGAAAAACGAUAUAGGUCAUUGGAGAAAAUGAAAACCUGUAGAAAUAAACUAGCAAAAGAAAUGAUAAAAACGAUAACCCUAUCUAAGAUUAAGGAAAUUCAGAAAUGGCAAGGUUUUUAUGAGGGCGACCUCUUUUUACGACCAAAAAAUGACUUAAAAGAUGCAGAUGCUCCAUUAAAAACGUAUGAUGCAAUAGAUGACUAUAUGGAAGUAUAUUAA